GUCACGUUCACAACACUAUACAGAAAAAUCUGUGUAUUGUUUUGUUAUUUCUGUGUUACUAGUAUCAAGUCUUGUUCAACAGAAAAAAACGAUAUGUAAAAAACUGGUUGAGAGUCUGGCAAAUAAGUAAUAUGCCUGUCGUGAUGUUACCAUGGCUGACAAAGUUAGAGCACUUCUCUGACGAUCUUUCUCCAGUACAAAUCUACGAUAGUGUGGAGAAACUCGGUCAGCUAAAUUAUAUAUCAAAAGAUCAAUUGAAAGAAUUUCGAAAGAUAUUUCGAACAGCACAAAACGAUACCAAAAUAUUUCACAGAGAAGAGGCAAAAUCAGCAGUCCUACUUAGACUGACAUAUCAAAUAACCAUAGAGCAGUUCCUAGAGGCCUUGUUUAGGUCAAAAUAUCAUGUUUUAGUCCUGAAAUUGGUAUCCAAUUGUCGAAAGGGGAUACUUCGCUUAAUUGUUCGAAAGGUGGAGCCAGGGCCUGGAUUUAAAAAGGCUCAAAAACUAUAUCUCAAUACCAAAAUCAACACUCAUAAAAAUAUAUUCAAGGUUAAUCCAACAGAAGCUUGUCGAAAUAUUUAUGAUUCAAACAAACUUAAGUUUGAAGACUGUCAACAAAAUUUAAAGAUAGAAACAGAUGAAGAGGAAAAAAGGAAACUUAAACAGAAUCUCAUGAAAUACGCAAACAUUUGUGUUACUUGCUUGUUUGCAGCUUUAGAUGCAGAAAUUACUCGAUGGAAUAUAGAUUUUGACUGGGACGAAAGUACAGUUUCCUCCAGAAACGAAUUAGAUAGGCUUUUCCAUCAACUUUCGGGCUACAUUAAGGAAACACCGAACCCGAAUAUUGCGGAAGUCGGCUUCUUUUCAAGGUUAGCAAUAGCGUAUGCGAUGACGGGCCAAUUAGCAAAGGCAGAAGGACAUAUCGAAACAGCAUUUACAUUGUCUUUUUCUAUCCCAAGGUGUUCAGAACUUUACUUCAUGUACCAUAUGUUUGUUAUGAUUCUGUUAUUUAAAUACCAGAAGAACAAGUCGGGAAUGGGCAAAUUGGUUAGCAUUGCAGAAGAAGCACGAUCAUGCCUUCAGCAUGAGAACGAUGAUUCUAUAAGAUAUUUUUGGACGCGAAUGAUACUUUUACGUAAAGUAUUUUGUUUACUAGGGCUUGGUAACAAUAUUGAAUUGAUAAAAGGAAAUACCCCAUCACAAGAACAAAUAGAUGAAGCAAAAGAAAUGCUAGUAGAAAUACAUGAUAUGGGUGAUAUGGAAUCUAGAAGAGAAAUGUUCUUUUUCACGGCUAAGGCAAGAAUUGCACAAUUAGAAGGUGAUCUUGAGAGUGCCAUUUUCUGUACAGAAUUGGCAAUCGAUUGUGAUGAAUACAGAUGCUUCGGUGAAACUGAGCAAGUACACAAGUAUCGGGAACAAUUGAGAAACAUGGUGACAAAAACUCAAAGCGAAAAUCAUCAAGAUAUUCACAACGAAAAUUUAAUAAGUUGAAGGAAAUGAUUGAUGUCGAUGAACAUAACGAAAACACAACACUAAAGAAAAUAGACUAAAUUCAGUUUUCCCAACAGUUACUUUUUUAUUAUACUUUUGGAGUUUCUGCCAUAAAUCAUUUGUUUGUUGUACAUAAUAUUGCUUGUUUCAAAAUAACCGCGGAAAUGUAUUAUUAUUAGAUUUGUCUGAGUUGUUAUUACAUUAACAUUUUAAAAGCAUAAAGAACAGGAUUCUGAUUUAUAACUUGA